UGCAACUUGCAACCCCAAAAUAGGCCGACAGACCCAUUCACCAUGGCUGCUACGCUCCAGCCUCAGCCUCCGGUCAUCUCAACCACCCCAAGUUUCAUAGCUCCCAUUAACCAAACCAAACCCAUAGCCAAGGUCGACCCUUCCCCAACUGGGUCACUCAAACACUGCAAAACCAUUAACCAAGUGAAGCAACUUCACUGCCAAAUCACUAAAAACGGCCUCAGUCAUAGACCCUCUACUGUCACCAAGCUCGUGACCACCUACGCCGAAAUGGGCACCUCUGAAAGCUUGGACUAUGCCCGAAAAGCCUUCGACUUGUUCCUUGAACGGCAAGAAACAAAGGGUCUGGUGUUCAUGUACAACUCAUUAAUAAGGGCUUACUCUAGUGCUGGGCUUAGCGACGAGGCUAUUGAGCUCUACGUUCAGAUGGUGCUUCAGGGUGUUUCUCCGGAUAAGUUCACUUUUCCGUUUGCGUUGAGUGCGUGCUCGAAGCUUGUGGGGUUCAGUGAAGGCGUUCAGCUCCAUGGGUCGAUUGUGAAGAUGGGUUUGGAGAGAGAUGUCUACAUUGGGAACUCUUUGGUGCAUUUCUAUGCGGAAUGUGGGGAGUUGGGUUAUGCCCGGAAAGUGUUUGAUAAAAUGCUUGAGAGAAAUACCGUGUCUUGGACGAGUUUGAUUUGUGGCUAUGGGAGGAAGUGUAUGCCGAAGGAGGCUGUUUCUUUGUUCUUUGAGAUGGUGGGGGCCGGUGUUGAGCCCAAUUCGGUGACUAUGGUGUGUGUCAUUUCGGCUUGCGCAAAGUUGAGGGAUGUUGAGCUGAGCGAGAGAGUGUGUGAUUACAUUGGGGAGUCUGGAAUGGAGAGUAAUAUGCUUAUGGUGAAUUCACUUGUUGAUAUGUAUAUGAAAUGUGGGAAUACUAGAGCUGCAAAGAGUCUUUUUGACCAAUGUGUGGAUAAGAACUUGGUGCUUUAUAAUACAGUUUUGUCGAAUUAUGUGCGCCAGGGACUGGCAACUGAAGCAGUUUCUGUAUUGGGUGAAAUGCUGCAACGGGGACCAAGACCUGAUAGGGUCACCAUGUUAUCUGCGAUUUCAGCUUGCGCACAACUAAAUGAUUUUCUCUCUGGAAAGUGUUGCCAUGGUUAUGUUUUGAGGAAUGGACUGGAAGGUUGGGAUACCAUUUGUAAUGCCAUGAUUGAUAUGUACAUGAAGUGCGGCCAACAAGGAAUGGCCUGCAGAAUUUUCGACAAUAUGUCAAAUAAGACUGUCGUAUCAAGGAACUCGUUGAUAUCUGGUUUCAUAAGAUGUGGUGAUUUGAAGUCAGCCUGGGAAAUGUUCAAGGAGAUGCCAGGGAGUGAUCUUGUCUCUUGGAACACUAUGAUUGGUGCUUUGGUCCAAGAGAGCAAGUUUGAGGAAGCAAUUGAACUUUUCCGGAUGAUGCAGACUGAAGGAAUAAAAGGAGAUAGGGUGACCAUGGUGGAGGUUGCUUCUGCCUGCGGAUAUCUGGGAGCUCUUGAUCUUGCAAAGUGGACUCAUGCUUAUAUAGAAAAAAAUGCAAUUGAAUGCGAUAUGCGGCUCAGAACAGCCUUAGUUGACAUGUUUGCUAAAUGUGGAGACCCUCAAAGUGCGAUAAAGGUGUUCAAUACUAUGGCAAGAAGAGAUGUUUCUGCUUGGACUGCUGCCAUUGGAGCAAUGGCCAUGGAAGGAAAUGGGGAACGGGCUCUUCAGCUUUUCAAUGACAUGGUUAAGCAGGGGGUGAAACCAGAUGAAGUAGUCUUUGCAGCAGUACUAACGGUGUGCAGCCAUGUUGGCCUUUUGGAACAAGGGCGCAACAUUUUUAUGUCAAUGCAGCCGGUCCAUGGCAUUUCCCCUAAUAUCGUUCAUUAUGGUUGCAUGGUCGAUCUACUAGGCCGAGCCGGGCUUUUAGAAGAAGCUGCUAAUCUGAUAGAGUGCAUGCCAAUGGAACCUAAUGAUGUCAUUUGGAGUACUCUAUUGGCUGCGUGUCGUACCCACAGAAACGUUGAAAUGGCAGCAUAUGCAGCUGAACAGAUAUCAAAAUUGACCACUCAAAGAACUGGUAGUCAUGUGCUUCUGUCAAACAUAUAUGCAUCAGCUGGGAAAUGGGCUGAUGUUGCAAAAGUGAGGCUACAACUGAAAGAGAAAGGGAUUCAAAAGGUACCCGGAUGCAGUUCCAUCGAAAUAAAUGGAGUGAUCCAUGAGUUCAUCUCCGGGGGUGGUGAUACUGGAACACACAUAGAGAAGAGCCACAUUGAGCUGAUGUUGCAAGAAAUAAACAGCAGACUCAGAGAUGCUGGUCACGUUCCUGAUUUGGAGAAUGUCCUGCUCGAUGUUGAUGAAAAGGAGAAAGAGUACUUGCUCAGUCGACAUAGUGAGAAAAUGGCCAUAGCUUUUGGACUUAUAGGUACACAGCGAGGAGUGCCAAUUCGCGUGGUGAAGAAUCUGAGAAUGUGUUCUGAUUGUCACUCUUUUGCCAAACUAGUUUCAAGAAUAUACGAGAGGGAAAUUAUUGUUCGAGAUAACAACAGGUUCCACUUCUUUAAUCACGGGGUUUGCUCUUGCAGUGAUUACUGGUAAUAGAAUUAUAACUUUGAAGAGAACUCUCCCCCAAGUAUUCUUCUUCUUUAUUCUGCACUCUCAUUAUCUAGUGCCUUUGAUCCGCGCUGCCAGCAUAGUACUGUCACAAUCCAAGAGUGCUCCCGUUAUCGUUGAGCCGUACUUCAGGGGCAAUAUGCACAAGCUAAUCUCCUACGUUGCCAUUGCCCAAACUCAUUGACUACUCGGACGAUAAUAACAAGUGUUGUAUACUGUUGUACAUUAUUAUAUCAAUUCAGCCCUAGAGCACGAAGCUGGAAUGCCACUGCUACCUAGUAUAGCAUUAAAUUAAAAGGAUGUUCACUCACUGUUCCCGGUACACUUCAGAGUUCUGACAAGAAUGCCAUGCAUUUAGUUGUCAUAUUUCAGAGUUGGAUAAAUUUGAAGCUGAAACUUGAAAACAGUCUUAAGAGUUCAAGCUUCAAACUUUGAGAGAGAAUCAAAAUUCUACUAUUUUUACAGGUUAUGUUUUUCUUCUUCUUUUUCCCUCAGAUUCUACAUGUAUAUAUUCUUAUCGGGCUAUGGUUGAGAUUUAUUGUUUUUGCUAAGAUUUCAAUUCAUAAUGGUUGGUCACAUUUGGAACUGCAUUAAGUCAGUAGCUAAUCAUCAUAUAUGGGUGGCAUUGAUCUGGGUUUACCGGUACUGGCAGCUUAAGAAAGAGGAGCAAGUACCUCUUUUACACUGCGAUAAAACAUUUUUGUUAAUAACUGGCUCUGUGAUUUGAUGGCAAUUUUGUUACGCUUGAAAAGUCUGGCUGCCUGUAUUCCAUUGCUUGUACAUACAUACUCAAGUAGCAUGAGGC